GUCAAAGGCUUUGCUGAGGUUGAAAGAAACUGAAUCGUCAGUGAUUCUACCCUGUGCAUUUUAUUUGGAUUUGUUUGUCUUUGAAGAUCAAGUCCGCUGUGCAGCUCGCUGGAUGGAAUGUGCACUGAUUGGUGGGCAGUUUGUGUGCGAGGCUGGCAAUAACUUUCCCCAUGGCUGACUGGGAGACCUCUAUUAUCUAGCGGCAGAAUUGUUUCCUUUGUUGAAGUUGGUCACGACAUAAAGUCUGUGAGGUUCCGUGACAUGUCCUCCCCUUCCCCAGUGUGGGAGAUGAGCCUGUGAGUUGUUGAAGCUCCUCACUGCCAAGGUUUGGAACUUCAGCAGGGGUACCGUCAGCACCUGACACCUGUUGAGGUUGUUUUUCACUUGGUGUGUGGCCUUUUCAGCUUCUGAUCAUUUUGGCCUGGCAGGUAGACUGAACCCGAUAGUUGCUGAGAGAUGGAUUCAACUGCACUCACAUCGAUGAUGCAUUGAUCCACAGCAGAUCCAACCUGAUGCAGACCUUUGUCAAGCGAGGCUGCAUCAUUACCCCAACACUUCAUCUUUGUUGCCACAUUGCUCCAACUUGCCUCCAACAAGCUUCCCUCUGCAGUGUAGCUAAUCUACAGUGGUAAUGGGGAAACUGUUCAACUUGUGGUAACUACACCAGAGAAUCCAGAUCACCCAGCUCUCGGUAGCUGAGCUAAAAGCUGGAACCAGAUGGCAAUUGCUUCUGCGCACACUGAGGCCUAGCUACAAGUCAUCGUUGAUCUGUUCACUGAAGCACAUGAGAGCGUGGGCUUUGUCCUCAACCCCUGCAAAACAAAAGUCUUCCACCAAGCUGGUCCUGCCACCUUCCAAUGAGACCCUGGAAAACAUGAACUACAUCCUGUCUCUCGGGAGCCAUCUGUCCAUGAUGAAAUUCAGUAUCCUCUUCAGUGCACCCGACCUGUCUUUGGCCAUCUGAUGAAAAGGUUGUCUGAAGAUCAAGCCUCAAACCUGGCACAAAACUCAAUCUCCAGGGCAACUCUUGUAUGUUCUGGGAAUUGAACCACCCCAAAACAAAGGAACAUUCCCACUGAUGCAGUGUCUGCCAAAUCCUCAAUCCACUGGUAGGAAAAGCAAGCCAUCCUGGUGAAUCUUCAGUCCACAAACCCAUUUGAUUCCAGUUGACAGGUGCAGGAGAUCAAGCCCUCUUCUCUUCCGUGUACUCAAUACUUGUGCAGCAACUUCCGCGGGAACCCAUGGAAUGGAGAAGGUCGUACGGUCGGCCACCCAAGAUGAUUCAUCUGGAAGCAAAUUUUGUUCAGUUUAAGGAAGAGUUGAUUCCUAAGGAGGGUAACCGAGCACUGUUGACCUUCCCGUUCCUGCACAUAUUUUGGACGGACUGCUGUGACACCGAGGUUUACAAAGCAACAGCAAAGGAUGAGAUAACAAAGUGGCAGAACAUUUUAAAGGCCUACAGCAGCUCCGAUUGGCUGAUUGUGGUCGUGGAAAGUGAUGCCAAGAAAAAGAAUAAAACCAACAUUCUGCCCCGAACUUCGAUUGUCGACAAAAUCCGAAAUGACUUCUGCAACAAACAGAGUGACAGGUGUGUGGUGCUUUCAGAUCCCCUGAAAGACUCUGCCCGCACUCAGGAGUCCUGGAAUGCGUUCUUCGCCAAGCUCAGGACCUUGCUGCUCAUGUCAUUUACCAAGAACCUGGGGAAGUUCGAGGAUGACAUGAGGACAAUGAGGGAGAAGAGAACGGAGGCAGGCUGGAGUUUUUCCGAAUACUUCAUGGUUCAGGAGGAGCUGGCUUUUGUCUUUGAGAUGCUGCAGCAGUACGAGGACGCGCUGGUCCAGUACGAUGAGCUCGACGCACUCUUCACCCAGUAUGUUGUCAACUACGGAGCUGGAGACGGAGCCAAUUGGCUGACCUCGUUCUGCCAGCCCGUGAGGAGUUGGAACGGGCUGGUCCUCCGCAAGCCCAUUGACAUGGAGAAGAGGGAGUUAAUCCAGAAGAACCAAGCCACGCUGCUGGACCUGCGGAGCUACCUGUUCUCGCGGCAGUGCACGCUGCUGGUUCUGCUGCAGAGGCCGUGGGAGGUGGCACAGCGCGCCCUGCAACUGCUGCACAACUGCGUGCAGGAGCUGAAGCUGUUGGAGGUGUCAGUCCCUGUUGGGGCACUGGAUUGUUGGGUUUUCCUGAGCUGCCUGGAGGUCCUUCAGAGAAUCGAAGGCUGCUGUGACCGAGCCCAGCUGGAGAAUAAUUGCUGCCACACUGUUGGACUUUGGUCGUAUGCCACUGAAAAGCUGAAGUCGCUCGGUUACCUCUGUGGGCUUAUAACCAAGGAAGGACCAAACUCUGAAGACCUGAACAGGACGGUGGAUGUAUUGGCAGGACUGGGAGCAGAGAGACCGGAAACAGCCAACAGCCCACAGAGUCCCUACAAGACCCUGAAUGAGGCGUUGUCGUCUGUGGAGGCCUUUGAGAAACAUUACUUGGACCUUUCGUAUGCUGCUAUUGAGAUGUAUAAAACUAUUGGACGAGUCCGCUCGGCCCAGCUGUUGGGAAAGGAUCUGGCUGAUUUCUACAUGCGGAAAGGAGAACCGGAGAAGGCAGAAAGCUACCUGCAGGAGGCACUGAAGACGUACCUGUCGGAAGGCUGGGCUUUACUCAUUGCCCACACCAGGAAACAACUGGCCGAGUGUCAGAACCGGCUUCAGCAGACUGAGAACUACCUGCAGACGAGCAGCCUGUUGGCUGUGGACAGCCAUCUCCCCGAGGUGGAGCGGACUCGCUUCUGUCAGGAGAUCCUGAGGCUGUCCAGGCAGCUGGCCAGUGAACAGGAGGACCGUCUGCUGCUGGGGAUGGAGGGCUUUGCCCAGCUGAAGAGCCUGCGCUUCGACCCAGCGGCCGCGCUGGUGCACGUGGGGGGCACCCUGGACAUGGAGCUGACUGUCCACAGCCUCAUGCCCAUCCCAGUGCCCCUGGACCACCUUUCCAUCCACCUACACCUUGCCAUCAACAAAGACCCGUCCAAGAGGAGCGGAGAGUGGGCAGGGCGGGGACGGAACGCCACCGGGGUCUACCUCUUCCCGGGUGAGCAUGGAAGCCCGGGCUGCCCUCGGAGCAGCCAGCCCUCCAUCGAACUGUACGAAAUGCACGACCGGAGUCCGUCCGACAGCUCACUGAACUCCAGCGGCAUCGUUUGCAAGAACAUGCACCUACUCCUGCGGAGGCAGGAGAGCAGCUCGUCCAUCGAGCGGUCCUCGGGGCUGGUGGUGGAGGAGACCGCACACGUCCUGCGGACCGCCGCAGUGCUGAUGCAGCCGGGAACCAACAGCAUCCGCUUCAAGACCCAGGCCAAGGAAGCAGGUACCUACACCCUGCGGCAGCUGUCUGCCUCUCUGGGCCGGGUGCAGUUCACCCUCCCUCACAUCUAUCCCAUCGUUCAGUAUGAAGUUUACUCCCAGGAACCACAGCUGAAGGUGGAGCCUUUAACUGAGAGUCUCCUGGCUGGCAUCUCUCAGAGGGUGAAGUUUACGAUACACACGGGACAUUACACGGUGAAGAGCGGAGACGCACUGCAGCUGAGCAUCAGUGACACCCUACCCAUCCUGCAUUCAGCAAGCAGCACUGCGUCCGUGUCCACCAACAGCGGCGAUAAGCUCUCAGAGGCUCCGUUAACCAUCCAGUCGUCUGGGAAGAUCACCAGCAUCACCCUGCCUUUGGCUGCUGCCUAUCACAUCAUUGAGUUUGACCUGCACGUUAUCUGCCACAUGCCCUCCACUCUGCCAACACCCCCGGACUCGGAGAGACCCAGCACUGACUUGAAGGCGACCCGCAAAGGUCCUGAGAAAAGCAAGCUGGAGGUCCCCUGUAUGACCUCCAUCGACCAGAAGAUUUCGAUAGACUGCCCCUGGUCCAUUUACUCGACGCUGAUCUCCCUGACCUUCAAUAUACCCUUCAGUGCCAGCCACUCACUGCUGUCGACGGGGAGAAGGAAGUACCUGCAAGUGUGUGUCCACAACCUGUCUGAAGUCAGCUUCCAGUUGUUCGAUCCUCAGCUGGUGGACCUUGCCAACUGCUCUCGCCUGAACUUUGUCUCUCUGAACGCCACCAAGCAGCAGCAUGUGUACAGCAGGCAGGCCACCUUCUUCCUCUGGGAGCUGACGUGGAGUGAGGAGCCGGGACCCAGCCUGCACUCCCAGUUCAGUGUGUCCUUCACCCCCCUGGCUGGGCAGGAGCAUGGCUCGAUGAAGCCCUACACCUACGAGCUCCGGCUCGACAACUUCUGCACCCUGUACAAUGUGAAGGCAGAGAUCUCCCCCCCUCUGGGGCUGGAGAUGUGUAAGAUGGGGACACUGUGCAACCUGGAGGUAUCAAUCGUCCGGCUCUCUGACCUCACCGAGGUGGACAAAGAUGAAGCUCUCUCAGAGUCCGACGGCUACUGUACCACCAGGCUGAUGUAUGAAGUUGUUGACAACAGCAGUAACUGGGCAGUGUGCGGCAAGAGCUCAGGGGUCAUCUCCAUGCCAGUGGCUGCCCGUGCCACCCACAAGGUCCACAUGGAAGUGAUGCCUCUGUUUGCCGGAUUCCUCCCAUUCCCCGAUGUCAAGCUCUUCAAGUACCUUCCCUUCCAGGCCUGCCCGUCAGGGCAAGUGGACACGGCUGCCGACAGCUGGAUGGAGAACGACACGCUGUCCUUGGACAGGAACAUGGACGAGCAGGCGGAGAGCAGCAGCCUGCGCAGCCGGGGCAGCACCCACUCCUCCGGCAGCGGUGAGCACAAGGGGCUGCCCAUGCCUCGCCUCCUACCCUUCUACACCGGCCAGGUGUUCAACACCAGUGCCAGCCGCCAGGUCCUUGUCCUGCCCUGCCAGGAUGACCACAUGCUGGAGGUUAACGUCACGUGAUGCUGUGGGUCUCCAGGGUGCCGCCGUUUCCCUGGGUGUCGGGCACCAUGACCACGAUUAUGAUCCCUGACGUUACAAGCUGCUGCCCUGUGGUGUGACUGAGAGCAGCCACCUCGUUCUGUAAAUGUCUCUGUACAGUGGGAGCCGCACUGGGCUGUGCCAGUUCGGUUUGGUCUCUGUAAACAACACACCUAAAUGUUGGUGAUUUUAUCUUAAUGAAUAGAAAUUAAUUUGAUGUGAUGUCACCCACCCCACCCCCACCCUGCCCAAACCUGGAGCGGUUCAGCACUGCUUCUGCCCAGACUGACCCGUCCCAGCACGCUGCCGCUCGUUCGGGACCUGUGCUUGCUCCCUGCUUGAUGCCUGACCCUGCCCUCCCCAGGGAGAGGUGCCUGCCCUGGGGGCAGAAGUCCCAAACUGUGCCUGCCCUCCUGACCAAGGCCACAGUGAGACUGUCCCCUCCCUGGUCCCUUGUAGUUGGAUUCAAACAAUCUGGGGGCUCACACUGUCGAAAUGGGUUAACUUUAAUUUAUUUACCUUAUUAUUUAUCAGCAAUGUUUAAUUAUAUAAAUAUAAAUAUAUAGUAAUAUAAAGUCUGAGGGUUGUGUGGUGGGAACUGAGGCCGCUGAUCUGCUGAGACGUUCUGACCAGGGACCUGUGAUGCUCCCGUUGCCCUGCUCCCAUUCCUCAGGAGUUCCAGCGGUGGCGGCUGCAGCACACCCGGUUUGUAAAUAGCUGAGGCUGUGGUCAGCGAGGACACUGCACCCUGUCAUCUUCAGAGUGUUGACCCCUGUAUAUUUCAUCCUUAAUCAGCAGUCCAAUGAUGUUCGUUCAGUGAACUGUAAACAUUAU